AUGGAUGGUUCCAAUAGUAAUAAGUCGCUGAAGUCCGAGAACCUGGUAAUAUCUAUGGAUGUUAAUGGCACUACAGAUCAUCCAUCUUUAAACAAUAUUAGGGGAGCCUACACUUCAACACCUGUGUUAGCAAAUACGUCAAGUUCAAUAACAAAUCCAAUGAAUCCAAAGGAUGCUCCUGGAGAAGACCAAGAGGUCUCUGAGUCCAGGCGACUACUAAGUGGUGGAACAAUGGGUAUUCCGUCAAGGCGGAACAUAGGCAAUACUGACCAUGUACAAAAUUACUAUAGAAGUUUUAGUCCCAAUGAAAUUAUCCCUGCUAAUGAAAUCGAUGAUAUUAAUAUUAUGAGUGAGCAUUUAUAUCUGUUGAGGAAAAACUAUUGGAGUUUUGUUCAUAAAUGGAGGGUUGGAAUAAACAUUCUCGUAUUUGUUAAUUGUAUUUGGCUUGUGACUACCUUUAUAAGUGAUUUUUUCUUCAAUAUCCAUCUUCUAAGGCACAAUAGAUUAACAAGUUUUCAAGAUAUUACAUUAAUAUUUGUUUCCAUCGUAGCAAAUACUAUGACCUUCAUUUUAAGUGACAUUGGGUAUUAUUCGAAAAUCGAUCAGAAUUUAAAUAUCCUUCUUUGCGCUUUAGCAUCUUUCAAUCUAAUUAUAAGUCUUUUAGUUGGCUAUACAAGAACAAGAAUUGGAAAAUUAGGUGUUGCGAUUUAUAUUUGGGCAGCGUUAUCGUUUGGCCUUGGAGCCUUAUCAGAAUGGUUCUUAUAUGACUUUCAUCGAAAAUUACAAGAAGAGUCUGGUAAUCUAGACAAUGACAGACAAGUUCUAUUGAAUAAACGUAAGACAUUUAAACAGUGGUGUUACGUUGGAGGACGGAACUUGGUCAAGUUUGUCCUUUUAAUUUUCUUCUUUCUCUUUACUUUGAACAAUAUGCUUUACUUAUUCGAUACCUGGCGUGUUUCAAAAUCAUUGUACAGUAUUAAUUUAUCAAGUUUAAAUGGUGAACGUCUAAAUGAUGUCUAUGAUGCUUACCACUGGACUAGUAAAAGCCAUGACUACAAGUUACACAUAAGAUGUCACGGAAAUGUAGUUACAGAAUCAGACACGGGUUCUGACAUUCAACCAAUUAUUUUGUUCGAACACGGUAGCUCUGAUACUGGUUAUCUAUCAGCUGAGUGGAUUGCGGAGUUGUAUCGCCUCAAUCGUGUGGAUCGAUACUGUAUCUAUGAUCGUCCGGGAUACGGCUUAUCUGAUUCUCCACCAGCCCCAAUUUCAAUUGCAAUGAUUGCUGAAGAUUUGAAGUACGCUUUAUUCAACGAAGCUAACAUUACUGGUCCAUUUAUCACCGUUGGAUACGAUAUGGGUGGCCUAGUAACGCAGGUUUUUGCUGCCAAGAAUAGAGACAUGGUGAAGGCAAUGAUGCUCAUUGAAUCAUGGCAUGAAGAUGUCUUAUUAAACAGCUAUUUACGUGACCUCCUCCCAGGGGACACCUAUGAUCCAGAUAUCCGUGUCAGAAUACCACCAGAACUCAGUAAGCUUAGUGCGUUCAAGUCAUGGUGGAAAGGAAUGUGGUCAACCGUUGGUUUGAAGUUGCAAUCCUCAUGGCUGGUAGCUCAUCAUGGAAGCAUGGAAAGAUUACUUGGUCGUGAUUUGAUAUAUCAAGGGAAGUACUUAAGAACAAAGUUUCUAGAGAGCUUCACGAAUUCUAUUUUGAGUUAUAAUGAUGUUAUAAACAGUCAUGAGGUUUUAAGCGGCAUGCCCACCAGCUUGGUCAGCAGCAAGGAUAUGAUCAAGCGGUACCCCCAUUGGGGAGAUUGGCAGCGUGACUUGGCUAGUAUGUCUGAAAGGACAAAAGAAUGGAAAGUUUCUGACGGUGGACAUUCACUUUAUAAUUAUGAGACAGGGAAAAAAACAUUGCAAGAUGUUCUAUUGAGGUUAAUCGAUGACCCAAAAUAA